CCUCACCAUCACUGCAUACUCAUUCUCCGAAUCUAUUCUUUUUUCUUUUAUAUAUAUACAUAUAUACAUUUAUAUAUUCUUAAUCAGCGCGUUAUAUCUUUGGGAUCCAUGUUGCCUUCUCGUGUAUUAGCAACAGCUGUUGCAGGGGCUGCAUCCUCAUCUUCAGCCGUUCGUCAACUCAUCAGGAAUUCCAUUGCUCAGAAUCCAGUCAUGAUCUUCUCUAAAUCUUAUUGCCCUUAUUGCUUACGUGUCAAGGACCUAUUCGAUGACAUGUCCAUCUCCUAUAAGGCUUUGGAACUGGAUGAGCAUGAACAAGGCUUUGAAAUCCAACAGGAGCUCAAAGCUCUCUCGGGUCAAUCCACCGUUCCUAAUGUUUAUAUCAAAGGAACUCAUCUCGGUGGUUCUGAUGAUACUCAUAAAGCCAAAGAAUCUGGAAGAUUGGUCGAGCUCUUGAACAAGGAUGUUUGGACCAAGAUAUCGGAAGCAUAAAGAAAAAAAC